CCGACCGCCAGGUGGCACCGCCAUCUCCAAAUCCUCGUGCGCCGCCUCCUGCUUGCUUGGAGGGGACGAGGGUAGGGAGGAUAGGCAGGGACCCCGCCCCGGCCCCCGACUUGCACAGGGGCGCAGAGCUCUGGCAGCCGAGGAGCAGGCGACAGCUGACCCUCUGCCUCCCCCUCUGGACUCCUGAGGCCGGAGAGUGUCCGGAGAAGGCUUCGAUUUAUGAAGCGAGGGGGGGAGGGGCCACCGCGCCUUGCCUUGGCCCUUUGUGCUCGAACAAUGACCAGCUGCCGCUGGCCCUGGGGCCCCGGCUCGGGUAGGGGGUGACCCAGCCGACCGAGCCGUCCGACACUCAAGUCACCUUGCCUUGGCUAGACGAGUUCCCGGCUCGCUGCCUCGCAGCCCCUGCGUGCGGCCCGGAUCAUACGCGAUUCGUGGGGUGCCUGCGCGCGUGUCCGCGCCCCGAGACGGGGGCGCCCCGAGGCGGGGACGCCCCUCGGACCCCACCCCCGCGUCGUACCGCACCGCCCACUCGGGCCAGGAAGGGGCCGGCCAGGGCCGGGGGGCGCCUGCGAGGCGGAGGCGGAGCCCGGCCGGGUCGGGCCGCUCCGAGUGGCCGCGCGCGGGCUGGAGCCGGGCGGAGCGCCUGUGGAGCGUCGGGGGCGGCCCGGGGCUGAGCAUGGAGCAGCGCGGCGGAGGUUGCUCUGGAGGCCCUUGGCCAGGCCUGAGCUCUCCUCGCCAUGGCCAUUGUACACACACUACCAGUGCCCCUGGAGGCUGCGCCUGAAGCCGCCACCGCCCCCCAAGCUCCAGCCAUGGGCAGCGUGAGUAGCCUCAUCUCUGGCCGGCCCUGCCCUGGGGGAGCUGCUCCACCCCGCCACCAUGGCCCCCCAGGGCCCACCUUCUUCCGCCAGCAGGAUGGGCUGCUCCGGGGCAGCUAUGAGGCUCAGGAGCCACUGUGCCCAGCCGUGCCUCCCAGGAAGACCGUGCCAGCCACCACCUUCACCUACAUCAAUGAGGACUUCCGGACUGAGUCACCUCCCAGCCCAAGCAGUGACGGCGAGGAUGCCCGAGAGCAGCGGGCACGCAAUGCCCAUCUCCGUGGGCCCCCACCAAAGCUCAUUCCCGUCUCUGGAAAGUUGGAGAAGAACAUGGAGAAAAUCCUGAUCCGCCCAACAGCCUUCAAGCCAGUGCUGCCCAAACCUCGAGGGGCGCCGUCCCUGCCCAGCUUCCUGGGGCCACGGGCUGCUGGGCUGUCUGGGAGCCAAGGCAGCCUGACACAACUGUUUGGUGGCCCUGCUUCCUGCUCCUCCUCCUCCUCGUCCUCUUCGGCUGCCGACAAACCCCUGGCCCUGAGCGGCUGGGCCAGUGGCUGCCCAUCAGGAACGCUGUCUGACUCUGGCCGAAACUCACUGUCCAGCCUGCCCACCUACAGCACCGGGGGUGCUGAGCCAGCUGCCAGCUCACCGGGCGGGCACCUGUCCUCCCAUGGCCUUGCCCGGGGAGCACUGCCUGGGCCAGCCCGGGGGGCCCCUGCUGGGCCCUCUCACUCGGACAGUGGCCGGUCCUCCUCCAGCAAGAGCACAGGCUCUCUGGGAGGUCGUGUGGCCGGGGGGCUCUUGGGCAGCGGGGCCCGGGCCUCCCCUGACAGCAGCUCCUGUGGUGAACGCUCCCCUCCGCCCCUGCCACCUCCACCCCCUUCGGACGAGGCUCUGCUGCACUGUGUUCUGGAAGGAAAGCUCCGUGACCGGGGGGCAGAGCUGCAGCAGCUGCGGGACAGCCUGGAUGAAGGAGACGUGACCGGGUGCCAGGUGCUGGAGGAGCGGCAGCGACCGCGACCCUGGGAGCGGGAGGCCCAGGCACAGCAAGCCGCCCAGCGGGCCCAGCGGGCACAGCAGCUGCUGCAGCUGCAGGUGUUCCAGCUGCAGCAGGAGAAGCGGCAGCUGCAGGAUGACUUUGCACAGCUGCUGCAGGAGCGGGAGCAGCUGGAGCGGCGCUGUGCCACCUUCGAACGGGAGCAGCGGGAGCUCGGGCCACGCCUCGAGGAGACCAAGUGGGAGGUAUGCCAGAAGUCGGGCGAGAUCUCUCUGCUGAAGCAACAACUGAAGGAAUCUCAGGCAGAGCUGGUGCAGAAAGGCAGCGAGCUGGUAGCCCUGCGGGUGGCACUGCGGGAGGCCCGGGCUGCGCUGCGGGUCAGUGAGGGCCGGGCACGGGGCCUGCAGGAGGCGGCCCGGGCACGAGAGUUGGAGUUGGAGACCUGCUCCCAGGAGCUUCAGCGGCACCGCAUGGAAGCCGAGCGGCUGCGGGAGAAGGCUGGGCAGCUGGACGCCGAGGCAGCUGGACUCCGGGAGCUCCCUGCGCCAUCUGCUGCCGCUGACCCCUUCCUGCUGGCAGAGAGCGAUGAGGCCAAGGUGCAGCGGGCGGCAGCCGGUGUCGGGGGCAGCCUGCGGGCACAGGUUGAGCGGCUACGUGCAGAGCUGCAGCGGGAACGACGGCGUGGAGAGGAGCAGCGGGACAGCUUCGAUGGGGAGCGGCUGGCCUGGCAGGCGGAGAAGGAGCAGGUGAUCCGCUACCAGAAGCAACUGCAGCACAACUACAUCCAGAUGUGCCGGCGUAACCGGCAGCUGGAGCAGGAGCUACAACAGCUCAGCCUGGAGCUGGAGGCCCGGGAGCUGGCUGACCUGGGUUUGGCCGAGCCGGCCCCCUGCAUCUGCCUGGAGGAGAUCACAGCCACUGAGAUCUAGGGCUCAGGGCAUCCCGCUGUGCAGGGGCCAUCACCACAGAUCACUCAGGCUCCAGGGUCCACUGAGGCUCCCCAUGACAGAGGACCCCAGAGCUGCCCUCUCCCUCCAGUCCCAGCCUCUGGGCCUCUGCCAAGCCCUCGCCUGGCCCUGGGACUUGGAGGAGCCAAGUCAGACCCCUCAAGGGUCCCUGUGUCCACUGUCACUCGGAGCUCCCAUUCACUCUAUCCCUGUCACUCCCUAACCGCUGUCAGUGCCACUGCCAACACUUUUGACCCCAGAUGCCCACCAGCCCACCCUAGCCAGAGGGCCUAGAGGGGAAGGAGUCCCUCAUCUCCACUUUCUCCCCACUCCCCCGAAGCCAGAGAGAGCCAGAUGGUGCCAGCUGCUCCAGAUGUGCCUGCCCCGACCCUACCCGGUGCUAGGGGACAGGGCUGGUACUGGGAUCCGACUCCCAGGUUCCAGCCCUAUUGCCCCCUACUCGGGGAAGGGGGCUGAAGCCAGACCAAAGGAAGAACCCAGAAAUGUCUUGUUUAUUUGUGUUUGUGACCAAGCAGUCCCUUCCCCACACCCAGGUUUAUGGUCUCAUUUUCACAUGUAUAUUUUUCACACUGUAAAUUUCUUGUACAAACCCAAAGAAAAAAAUUAAAAUUUUUUUUGUUUUGUUUUUUU